AUGCCUGGGCUGCUGCUGCUGUCGCUGCUGCUGCACCAGAUCCUGCUGCGCGCGCAGCCCGGGGGAGCCGCGCUGAUCCGCAUCCCCCUGCGCCGCGUGCCCCCUGGACGCCGGGACCUGAGCCCCGCGGCAGAGCCCCCCGCGCUGAGGACCCCGCGCCCUGGGGACAAGCCCACCUUCGUGGCUCUCUCCAACUACAUGAACGCCCAGUAUUUUGGGGAAAUCGGGCUGGGGACCCCUCCCCAGAACUUCUCCGUCGUCUUCGACACCGGCUCCUCCAAUCUCUGGGUCCCGUCCAGGAGAUGUCACUUCCUCAGCGUGCCCUGCUGGUUCCACCACCGCUUCAACCCCAAAGCCUCCAGCUCCUUCCGGCCCAACGGAACCAAGUUCGCCAUUCAGUACGGAACCGGGCGGCUGGACGGGAUCCUGAGCGAGGACAAGCUGACGAUCGGGGGCCUGCAGGGCGCCCCAGUGACCUUCGGGGAGGCUCUGUGGGAGCCCAGCCUGGUCUUCACCCUCGCCCACUUCGAUGGCAUCCUGGGCCUCGGUUUCCCCACUCUGGCUGUGGAGGGAGUUCGGCCCCCACUGGACGUGCUGGUGGAGCGGGGGCUACUGGACAAGCCCGUCUUCUCCUUCUACCUCAACAGGGACCCCGAGGGCGCUGAUGGCGGGGAGCUGGUCCUGGGCGGUGCAGACCCGGCUCACUACACCCCACCCCUCACCUUUGUGCCGGUCACCGUCCCCGCCUACUGGCAGAUCCACGUGCAGCGCGUGGAGGUGGGUACACAGCUGACUCUGUGCGCCCAGGGCUGUGCCGCCAUCCUAGACACCGGCACGUCGCUCAUCACAGGGCCCACGGAGGAGAUCCGGGCCCUACACACAGCCCUCGGGGGGUUCCCCCUGCUGGCUGGGGAGUACCUCUUCCAGUGCUCGCAAAUCCCAGCGCUGCCCCCAGUCUCCCUCCUUCUCGGAGGGGUCUGGUUUAACCUCACGGCCCAGGAUUACGUCAUCCAGAUCGCCCGCGGCGGCGUCCGCCUCUGCCUGUCCGGCUUCCAGGCCUUGGACGUGCCGCCGCCCGCCGGGCCCCUCUGGAUCCUGGGCGACGUGUUCCUGGGGACCUACGUGGCCGUGUUCGACCGCGGACACGCGAGCGCCGGCGCCCGCGUGGGCCUGGCGCGCGCGCGCUCCCGGCCCGCGCAGGCGCAGUUCCACGGCCUCUCGCUGCCCGGAGCUGCCGGGCCUGGGUACCCCUCCCCCAUCGCCAGCCCCGGACCCCCCAUCCCCGCCUCGCCUGACUCGGGCCCCCCCGACUCGGCCCUCCACUCCCGCAGCCCCCCGACUCGGCCCUCCACUCCCGCAGCCCCCGACUCGCCCAUCGACUCCCGCAGCCUCCGACUCGGCCCUCCGACUCCCGCAGCCCCCGACUCGCCCCUCCGAUUCCCGCAGCCCCCGACUCGGCCCUCCACUCCCGCAGCCCCCCGACUCGGCCCUCCACUCCCGCAGCCCCCCGACUCGCCCCUCCGAUUCCCGCAGCCCCCGACUCGCCCAUCGACUCCCGCAGCCCCCGACUCGCCCAUCGACUCCCGCAGCCCCCGACUCGCCCCUCCACUCCCGCAGGCGCCGCCUCCGUCGCCGCAGCCCCCGCCGCCCCGCCCCGGCGCCUGCGCACUUCCUCCCGGAGCCCAGGCCCGGCCCGCCCCCGGCCCCUCCCCGAGCUCCAGCCCUGACCGGGUCUCUCCGACACCCGACCCCGCCCCAGUGUCCUCAGUCCAGACGGCGCCCCCGGACGCUCUGGCCUCUCCGCUCUCAGCCCCCUCCUCAUCCCCCUUAUCCUUGCCCUAG